AACAACAACAACAACAACGCCGUCUUCUCAAAGACGUGAGCCACAGUUCCGACCAGCCAUGGUAGGCGACGAGACAAAAUGCCGUCGCAAGUUUGUCAAGAUGGUUCAAGUCGCAUACAGCUUCCAGAUGGAGAACAAAGACCUCAUCCCCAGAGAAAUGGAUAUCAUAUUCAAUGCUCAGGACAACGUCCAGUCCAUUCGUCUCUAUAUCAACGGCCAGCCCGAGUAUCACAAGUUCACCGGAAACUCACAGUACAUUCCGCCCGAGCUGUCGACCCAUGGCACGUACAACCAUGGUCUGGCAGAUGUGUGGGUACUCGGCGUCUCGCUUUACCGCAUGCUCGUUGGAAAGUACCCCUUCGUUGCUUCCACCGACCGGAAACUGUUCAAGAAGAUGCAAAGUGCUGACUUUGGCAUCCCAUCGUCUUUGUCUGAAGACGCAAAGGACUUGCUGCGCCGCAUGCUUGCACCAGACACGACGCGCGCAUCCCUGGAUCUGGUGCUCUUCCAUCCAUGGCUGAGAUCAUACAAGGUGACGGUCCCGUCGUCAUCCGUCGAUAAUAACAGCAUGCCACAAUCCCCGCCCGUUGUCACAACCACAACAACCACAACCACCACGCCACCAGCAUCAUCAUCCACACAUGCUGCAACUCAGCAUGGCGUCUCCGAAGCGGCCGUUGUUCCGGAGGUAGUGCAAGCAGACAAGAAACAGCGCCACCGGGACGAGGAAAAUGGCCUGAAACGGGUCCUGACCGGUAUGAUGCUUCUUUUGGUUGAAGGACCCUUUCCACCACCCAAACGACCCUAUCAAGAGCUGGCUCACCUCCACACCAACCGCCCUCAAAGGGCACUCGCUCGCUAACCAUCUAAAUAAGAAGAAAAGGAGCCUUUCCUUUUUU